UUUAAACUGUAGAAUUAAUGUCAAGUGUCUUCUUGUUGUAUUUUGUUGUGAUGUCAUGAUGCAAAAGUGUGUAUACAAUUGUAGUCCAAAAACAUUUUCUAAUUCUCGUCAAUUGGCAUUAAAUGUUCACUUUCUUUUUUUCUCGCAAUCUAGUUUGGUUUUAUAUGCCUAGUAUAAUGAAUAUUGAGGUCGUGAAUUCAUUACCAGAUGCUGAAAAUGUGUUAGGACAGUAAUAUUCAUAUGAUAAGAUUUAAUAAGCCUUCAGUUAGAAUAGCCAGGCCAUAUUGGUGAAGUUUUAUGGACCUCUCCAUAAAUUUGUCUCCUUUUCAUAUUUGUGGAAGGGUUCACCCCCCCUAUAGAAAAGGCGUGCACAUAGCAUAACUAGAUAAUGAAUUAUAAAUUCUGCUUUAGAGUCCUACCUGUUUUUCUUAUUUUGUGAAAGUUGGUUUGACAUAACCCCUUUUGAUCAGAUUAAGGUCAUCUGGAUGUGCAAACUAACCCUAUAGUACAGUAUUAUAGAAAAAUAUAAUAUAGAUAUUUAGAAUACUUCUCAGCAUGCUAAGGAUCUUUUUUCACGCCUUCUGAUACUCAAAUUUUUUUAUGAGACAAUUAUAGAAUAAUACUUGUACCACCACUUGCUUAGUAUUUUAUCAUCUAGGUCUAGCCUUGUGCUGCAGCGGUUAGGUUGUAAGCAUCUGAGGGUGAACUCAUCCUUUCAAGCCGGUCUUACCCACCGGAAAUUGAUAAAUAAGGUAAAAUUAGAACAUAAAGACAACCAAUGGAAGGCAAUUCAACAAUUUUGUGUAUCGUGUGUGGCUUAUAGAUCUAUAGGAAACAUUUUAGAGCAAAAGUCUCAAUUGUGGUUGUACUUCAUGUGUGAUAGGUUGGGAAGAAGCUUGGAACAAAUAAUGGAGUUUCCCAUAAACACUAUUACUUUUCAUGACCUAUCAUGUAUGAGAAGAAGUGGAAUAGGUUUAUAGAGGGAAACCAUCUUCUUUAGGAAGUUGAUAGAAAAAUAAUAGGAAAAUGGGAGGGUAAGCCAUAGAUGCAACAGUACGUUAUGGGUGGUUGUGGGGCUCACAUUUGUGUUUCUUUUUUUCCUUUUCUCCUUUUCUCCUUUUCUCCUUUUCAAUUAUUAAAUUUAAAAUUGUCUCUUGUCGGACAACCACAUAUAUAAUUGUUAGGGGAGAGAGAGGGAAAGAGAGGAUAUUAAGGCAUUAUAUAUAUGCAUUAGGGAUAUGUUCCAUAAUAGGAGGGACUUUGCUCUUGCCCACCUUGUACUAUAAAGUGUGUAUCAUCUUUUCUUCUCUCAAUUCUCAUUUCUAUACACCAUAGUAUAGAGUGGCACAGGCAUGGAGGCCUCCCAACCUCUCUCCAUUGAAAGCUUUUCAUAUAGUUGGUUAAUAAACCUGAAACCUUCCUUUGAGAGCCUAGAUGAUUCCCUUAGAACCUCCCUUGAUGUGUCCGAUGAAGCCUCCUUCAUUGAGAUGGACCCAAGAAUGCCUCCCUCUAAGAGAUUCUUUAGAAAUUCCCAGGAUUUCAACUUUGAUUUCCCCAUUUCCCAACCCCCUCUUAGUCUUGUUCAUGCUGAUGAGCUCUUCUCUAAUGGCCUAAUCAUGCCUAUCUUCAUGGAGCCACUGAAGAUGGAGGCAUAUGAUGGCUCAUAUUCCCUUCCAGCCACGCCCAUCUCUUCAUCACAUGCUCCAAAACAUGUACUGUCAGCCACCAACACUCGCUGUUCUUCCUUGAGAAGAUGCCGAAGAUUAUCAAAACAAAUCCUUCAGAAGUACCUGGAUUUUCUUAGGCCCCUUUACAGGAGAAUACGUGGUCGCAGAAUUGGGUCCAGAGCUGAAAGUGUUAAUUCAAGAAUGCAGGAAGGGAAGAGCUGGGUUUAUUCACCAGAAGCAUCUCCCAGAACAAGCACAGCCUAUUCUACUGGGGAUUGGCGCAAGUCUUGUGAUUCAGAGAGCUCAAUUUACGAGGCAGUUCUCCAUUGCAAGCGAUCCAUUGGAAAAUGAACGGAGGCUAUUGUACACAGAAAUGAGGACAUCGAAAAUGAAAAAUGGGAGUGAUUCCAGAGGCAUGUGAAAGAGAAGAAAUGAGAGGUCUGAAGAAGAACAUCAGUCACUUGUUCUUUGUCCCUUUCUUCUCCCUCCUUUGGGAUGAUAAUGUAAAUUUGUCUUUUUUAAGGUCAUAGAAACUGUGUGGACAGUCGGCCAUGGAAAUUCUGGUAUUAGGGAGAAAAAGAAGGAUAAAUUAAAAUUUUCUUUUUGUCCUUUUCCGUAUGGGCCAACUGCAAAGAAUCUCUCUCCUUUAUUCCUGUGAAAUUUUAAUUUUUAAUGAAAAUCAGGAUUGUUUCAUUCAUGAUA